AAUCAAGAAUCUCCCGAAGUUCUAAAUUAAUUGAAAUUUAUCUAAGUUGUUUAACUGAAAAAGAAAAAAUUUUUUUAAUGGAAAAUGGUAUUAAAUUACCUUUUGAAUCUCCUUUAUUUGAUUACGCGGCUUUCAUUCGUUAUUUGGAUUUGGAUGAAUUUUAUACCGCUAUAAGAGAUUGGUUGGAAUCAAAUAUAAUUUUCAUGGCUGGUCUUAUGGAUUAUGAUUCAAAACAAUUCUUGGAUUUUGGAAUUUCUCAAAAAAAACAAAAAAAAUUUAAAUUUUCUAAAGUUGUUCGUUACUUAAAAUCUUUUGGUUCUAAUAGAAGAAAAAUUGAUGAUAAAAGUGAUUCUGAUAGUACUAGUAUUGAUACUACUAUAACUACUACUUCUUCUAUAUUAUCUAAUUCUAUAUUAUCUACUUCUAUAUUAUCUACUCCUGUUACUCCUACUUCUCCUACUUCUUCCUCUUCUCCUUCAACUCCUAUCUCUUUAUCUUUACACCCUCGUGAACGUAUUGUCACUGAACUUUUAUGUCGUUUAUUAAUGAGAAGAAGUUCUACUCUAAAACAAUUAUCUAUCGAUAGAACUUAUUCUACUCGUGAUCUCAAUGAAUUUAGGUGUGCUUCUUUACCUCCUUUAAUGGAUCGUUUUCAAAACACUCGUCCAGUUCCUGAUCAAUAUAUCUUACUCCCCGCUUAUCCUGGUGCUAUUUCUUGUUUAUCUUCUUUAAGUGAAUUAAUAUGUACAACUCGUCAAUCAAAAAGAAAAUUAUUUGAUUUAUUAUCUGAAAUUUCUAUUAGAAUUAAUAAAAUUUCUGUAAUGAUGGAUUAUUCUUCAACUAAUUGGCACGGUACAAGGUCGAGAAAAGAUGAUUCUGAUCUUGAAGAUGAAGCUAAAAGUUUGGCUACUCUUAUUCGUGUUCAACAAUCUUUACAACAUUUUGAAAUUUAUUGUUGUGAAAAUGGAUCAAGUAUCAUCAUGAUGGCUUUAAAAUCUCAAUCUAAUACUUUAAAAUCUUUAUGUUUUAAUGAUGUUAGAUUUUGGGGGUGGGAUCCUUUGGAUUUUAUCUCGGAAUGUCAAAAUUUAAAAACAUUAAUUUUUAAAUCUUGUACUGGUUUAACUAAUGAAUUACUUGAAUCUUUAAUUCAUUCGGAAUAUCCUCAACUUUCAACAAUCGAGAUGGAAAAUACUUCUGCUCCUGUUCAUAUCCUUGAAUCUUUAAUCAAACUUGGAAAUUUCAAAAUUCUUAAUUUGAAUCUUGGUCAAUAUAAGACUACUUUAAAUAAUCCUUCAAAUAUUAUUCAAACGGUGGCAAAUCAUUGUCCAAAUCUUAUUACCUUCAAGUCUUUUAUCGAAUCUGAAGAAAUUCCUCAUUUGGUUUCAUUAUUUACUCUUUGUACAAAUCUUCAAUCGGUAACAAUUAAUGGUCCUCGAUCUCCUGAAAUUGAUGUAAAUCAUUUAUUUCUUGAACUUUCUUCUCAAGAACUUACAAAUUUACGAGAUUUAGCUAUAUUGGGUUCUUGGUCUUUUCGUUCUUAUUCAUUGGAUCAAUUUUUAUCUGGAUCAAAACCUCCUUUGAAAUCUUUGAAAAUACAAAAUUCAAAGUGUUUUACUGAUUCCCAUCUUGAAGUUAUAUUAAGAAAUUUAUGUUCAAAUGUUUCUUCAAAUUCGGGUACUUUAAAAGAUUUAAGAUUACAUGUCACUUCUCAUUUAAAUGAAGAAUUGGUUGAUAAGGCCAAAGAAUACGUUAAAGAAGAUGGUUUUGUCCAAGUUGAUUAUUGGGAAUCUGUUAUUAGG